UCUAUAAAAGCUAAAUAUGGUUGUGGUUUUAGAGUUUAAUUUAAAAAAAUUAUGUAAUAUGCAACGCUUGGACCAGUUUAAUUUUCUAAUUUCUAUCUUGUACUCCACAGGCAGAAGGAUCUGAAGUUUCAGCUCAGGUUGAAUUUCUCAACCAGCAAAAUCUUAUUCUAAGCAUGGAGAAUAAAGCUCUCAAGCAACGUUUGGAAAGUUUAGCUCAGGAGCAGCUUAUCAAAUACGUGGAACAUGAAGUUUUGGAGAGAGAAAUUGGAAGGCUACGAACCUUGUAUCAGCAACAACAGCAACCACAGCCACAGCAGCAACCAUCUUCCAGCCAUCGCCGAACUAACAGCAGGGACAUUGAAUCCCAGUUUGCAAAUCUUUCCCUGAAAUAUAAGGAUGCUAAUUCUGGCCGAGAUCCUGUGACAGGCCCACUCCGCACUUAGAUAAAUGCAUUAACCAGAGAUUUGUUGUGCCACCAUUUUGCCUUGGGCUGCCACAUUAACCAUCAUUAUUUUCUCCUCGAGUGGGGUAAAGCCGAGUUGCUCCAGUCUUCAUCCCAUCUCUCUGCCUGAUUUGCACAAAUUGUUUUUCCACUGUUUCUUGCCCCUUUCCAUUUGAUAAUUAAUAUCCUCAUGUGCACCUGGUAGUCGUUGCUGAAAAUCACAAAUUCAUGCAAGCCGACUCACAGGAGGUGGUAACUUGUGGGGUUCCAUAUUUUGGGCCCCUUCUGUAUGUUCAGGUGAUUAUAAUUCAGGAAAUUUGUGUGCUCCACUUCUGAUCUGGUCCAUUUGAAGUAUCCACUUUGUGGAGUGAAAUGUAGUUAAAGGAUAUGUAGGGCCUGUUGGAUAUGCAUACUUUGUAAUGACAAUAUUCAAAGGAAAUGCUUUCUUGUAAAAUCUCUUCAAUGAAGUUCAUGUCUUCCU